CCUCAACAGCCGCUGCUCAUCGAGCACUCGGUCGUGUGCUUCGGCGCCGUAAUCGCAGCACGCAGGUGGAUCAAGAAAGGCCACGCCCUGCUUGCCUGCUUCGCCCCUGACUCGAGUGCACCUUUCGCGCUUCACCGUCUCGCUCUUCUCGCGCGCAGCUAGAAGCUAGCUGAGGCCCACCGAACGCGUUCACCUCCACACACUCCAAGCCCAAACAUUUGACCCCUUUCUUUCUGCAUAGAGGUACAGGACUGACGCCGGCGCGGACGGGCAACGCACACGACGUACUUCCAUCAUCAUGGAUGCCAAGUCACCACCAUCUGCGCCGUCUUCCGGCGCGGCGGCGACCGGCAGCGUGCGCAACAGCCCGUUCGCCUACCAGACAAGAAUGCUCGAGCGCUCCUGCAGCCGAUCCAGCGUGAACUCCUUCAGUCUCGCAGAUCCCGCGUCCUCAUCGCCGGGAACAGCCACAGCAGCUGCACCUGUGCCAGGUGGCGUGCAUCACUUCACACAUGGGUCGAUGAACAGCCUCAACGGCGCAACGGGGCUGCACCAUGCUGGCAGCAUUAGGCGCUAUCACGGCGGUGCCGGUCGGAGCACCGGCAGCCUCGACUUACGAGGGGCAGGGAGCCUGAUGAACUCGCUCAGCAUUAAGGAUGGCUCGGCUCCUGCUACCCAAGGGUUCGGGAGCGUUUCGCCUUCGCGCGUUUCGCCGAGCGAGUUCAGCACGUCCACAGGCGCAAGCUCUAGCGCAGCUCCUAGCAGCAUCUACAGCAGCAGUAGCAGCGGCGGCGCCGUCUUCCCGAACGGGAACGGCAUGUUCGGCUCGAGCUACACGACCUACACAACCGCAAGCAGCGUCAGCCCUACUCUCGCCGGCAGCAGCAGCUACAAACCUUCGGGCCUGGCCGGCUCCGUCGCGUCACGCAGUAGUCGGCCUUUCAGCAUGCCUCCUGCUCCUCGCAAUGGCUCCGUCGACUCAUCCCAAAUUUCACCUACAAAGUUUUCCGCAGCAUACAGCCCUGUUGAUCCCCGCAGCGCCUCGCCGACCAAAAUGUACACUGGCAGCAGCAUUGCCGGCUUCGACAGUCCAAAAGCCGCUGGAACACCAUCCAGAGAGCAAGGCUCGCCUGUCGUUUUGUCCCCUCCGUUCGGUUCUGGUUCUUUCUGGGCGCAAAGUGGCGGCGGGGGCGGCGCGAGCGCUGCACCGGCACAACUGCACCUCGGUGUAGUCAAGGACCUCAAGCGCAGUAGCGUGCCGACGCUGAAGAUGAUGCGCGAGUUCACGACGCGCUCCUGCUACAGCGCUGCAUCGGGUGAGGACGGAGGGCUGAGCGGCCCGCGUAUGGUGGUGGGCUCUAAGCACACCAAUCCAGGGGCUUUGAAAGAGGAGGAGGAAGGGAGGCCUGAGCGGCCUGGUCGAAUGCAGUCGGAGGACCAAGGCGAAGGCGAGAUCGUCUUGCCGGGCAUUACAACGGGUGCAGAGGACGUACAUGGACUGAGCGGGAGGAUUAGGCUCGCCAAGCAGUCGCCCGCGAUGGUUGACUCACCUUGGGCACCGGGCUCACCGCGCUCUGCUGGCGUUUUCGCAGCAGGCGGCGCAGGUGCAGGCAGCCUCGGCACGCCGUUUUCGCGCACUUCUGCCGCCGGAAGCCUACCGUUCAGCGCGACGUCGAAGUGGAUGGACACGCAACGCCACCUGCUGCAGGCGUACGAGUACCUUUGCCACUGUGGCGAAGCGAAGGAAUGGAUGGAGCACCACGUCGGGGAGGAGCUCGGCGCCGUCAUUGAAAUGGAAGAAUCGAUGCGUAACGGCAUCUUCCUCGCCAAGCUGGCCCGACGCUUCGAGCCCGAGUGCGUACCGAAGAUCUUCACGAGCCCCAGGCUGCAGUACAAACACACCGACAAUGUCAACUACUUCUUCCGCGCCGUCACCAAGAUCGGCCUACCCGAAUUCUUUCACUUCGAGCUGACUGACUUGUACGAGAAAAAGAAUUUUCCCAAGGUCGUCUAUUGCGUUCACGCGCUUAGUCACAUCCUUGCGCGGCAAGGCCGAGCGAUCAAAGUCGGCAACCUCAUCGGCAAGCUGGAGUUCACCGAUGACCAGCUGCAGCAGACGCAGCGCGGCCUCGACGCCGCGGGCGUGUCGAUGCCUCAGUUCGGAGGGCUGGGCAAGGCACUGGCGAAGGAAAUGAACGUCGAGCCUGAGCCGGAACCCGAGACGGAACAGGAGCGGAUCGACCGCGAGUUGCGCGAGAACGUCGAGGGCGUCGUCACACUUCAGACAGCGUGUCGUGCCACGUUAGCCCGAGCGAGCUACAGGCGCUUGCAGCAAAACGCGGAGUGCCGCGCGGCAGAGCUCGAGCGUCUGCGCCUGGAGGCAGAAGCGCGUCGCCAGGCGGAAGAGGACCGGCGUCGCCAGGAGGAGGAAGAGCGCGUUAUCACGUCUUGGACCCCCGCCAUCCAGGGGCAGAUUCGUGGGGCGUUGGCGAGGAAGGCGUGGUAUGACAAGCGAGCAGCGCUCCAGACUUCGCAGGGAGACUUUGGGAGGCUACAGGCUGCUUGCCGUGGAUUACUUGCGCGUAGGUCGCAUGCUGCCACUCAGCAGAAGAUAGCUUCAUUCGACCAGGAACACGGUGCCAGCAUUGUCAACAUUCAAGCGCAAUGCCGAGGUGUCCUGGCACGUCGCCAGUACGAAGCACUCAUCUUCAAGCUCAGCGACAGCAUCGAGGAUGUUAUUAAGCUACAGAGCGCUCUUCGCGCUGUACUUGCUCGGCGUCGACUGCUGAGUCUGGUGCGCCAUCUCCGAGGCUCGAACGACAGCAUCAUCUCUGUGCAGGCGCAGGUCCGCGGUGUACUGGCACGCCGCUCGCAUCGGCAGAUGAGCACUGCUUUGCAAAAGGUAGAGGUGACGAAGGCUGUCGGGAGCCUGCAAUCUUUCGCUCGUGCCGCGUUAGCUCGACGGAAACACCAGGAGCAGCGGAAGCAGCUUGACUUCGUCACGCCCGACGUCGUUGGUGUUCAGGCGCAGAUUCGAGGCGUGCUCGCACGAAUCGAGUACCAAUGGUGGAGAAACCAUUUGAUUCAAUCGGAGCCAGUCGCCAUACACCUUCAGUCACUUCUCCGAGGUAUGCUGGCACGCAGAACAUUCAACGCCAAGCUUCGCCAUUACCACGAGCACAUGGACAAGGUCGUCAAGAUUCAGAGCCUGUUCAGAGGCAAGCAGCAAGGGCAGCAGUACCGAAGUCUUACAGUCGGCAAGAAUGUGCCUGUCUCGACGAUCAAGAACUUUGGACAUCUUCUCAACGACAGCGACAUCGACUUCGAAGACGAGAUCGAGGUGGAGCGAUUGCGAAAACUUGUCGUGCGAAGUAUCCGAGAGACGCAGACGCUCGAGAACGACGUACAAGAGCUGGAUACCAAGAUCGCCUUGUUAGUCAAGAACAAGAUCGGCAUCGAAGAGCUGAUUCGCGUCAAAAAUGAGCGCGGCCUACUCGGCCCGCCUACGGCUGCAAACCUGCAACGCCGCAACUCUGUCUUGGUCGCUGCCAACGAUCCCUUUGCGGAAGGUCAGCAUCUUGACAGAACUGCGCGGAACAAGCUUGAGCUGUACCAAGAGCUCUUCUACAUGCUGCAGACCCGCCCAGAAUACAUUGCCAGGCUCUUUGCGCGCGUUGGCAAGAUGGAAAUGUCGGACCGCAACAAGAAGCAAGUGGAGAAGGUCGUUCUUACCCUCUUUGGCUACGCGCAGAACAGCAGAGAGGAAUUCUUGCUCCUCAAGCUCUUCCAGCGCUGCGUAAGUGAAGAGCUCAGCAUGGUCAACUCUGUGCAAGAAUUUAUUCGAGGCAACGCACAAUUCAUCAAGUUGGUCGUGCAAUACAACAGAGGCGCAAAGGAGCGCAAGUAUUUACGAGAUCUUCUGGGUCCACUCGUCCAGGGCAUCAUCAAUGAUGAGGGCCUCGAUCUCGAGACCGAUCCAUGCGCGAUUUACCGACAGGCAAUCAACCUCGAGGAGAUGGAAACGGGUAUGCCCAGCCGGAAGCCGCUCGACGUGUCGUUCGAUGUCGCAUUGCUCGACCCUGCCGCAAGGACCAUCUUCAUUCGCCAUUUGCAAGCUCUGCGCGCGACGACAGAGGCGUUCCUCUCUGCGCUCACAAGCUCAACGACGAAGAUGCCAUUUGGAAUCCGCUACAUUGCAAGAGAAGUCUUCCGAGCGUUGCAGAAUAAGUUCCCUCAAGAGCCAGAAGCAGCGCUCAUCAAGGUCGUUGGACAUCUGGUCUACUAUCGCUAUUUGAACCCCGCGAUCGUGGCGCCGGAAGGCUUCGACGUCAUCGAGAAGCUUGUCGGGCCUGUGCAGAGGAAGAACUUGGCGGAAGUCUCCAAGAUGCUCACUCAGGUAGCGGUCGGCCGCCUCUUCUCCGAUGACAACCCUUACUUGCAGCCGCUCAACGAAUACGUCUCGCAAGCAUCUGCCCGCUUCACACAAUGGUUCUACGCCAUCGUUGACGUACACGAUGCGGAAAUGCAGUUUGCUGCUGAAGAAUUCAUCGAUGCGACAACACAAGACCGCCCGGUCAUCUACAUCAGCCCAAAUGAGAUCUACGCGCUGCAUUUGCUUCUCGGUCAGCAGAUGGACACGGUGGCACCGAAUCAGGCCGAUCCGCUUCGCAUUCUGCUGAAUGAGCUUGGCCUGCCUCCGCAAGGAGCUUCCUCGGAGCUCAACAGCGCACGUGACAGCGAGAUCACGCUUGAGCUGGUCGGAAGGCGCACAGCUUUGCAAGACCCAGAGGCGGAAAGCAAAGCACUCUUUGUCGAGACAAAGCGUCUCGUCCUGUCUGUCCUCAAGGUGCAAUCAGGGCAAACCCUUUACAAGGUCCUGCUCGAGCCAGUCACCGAUCAGGAUGAGCUCACAUGGGAGGAGGUUGUUUCGUUGGAGAUCACUGCAGAUCGUGCGCGGCAACGAGGACAGAGACCACCGCCUUCAGCGAACCACACAACGCCGAAGCUGCAGGAUGUCCGUCGACUGUCCUUCGUCGACCUCAAGGCCCACACUCUGCAGAACAUGCUGAAGCUCGAGCAGCUUGGCAAAGUCUCCAGGGCGAACGAGUUCCAGGACAUGCUCAAUGCUAUCGCGAUUGACAUUCGCAACAAGCAUCGCAAACGCAUUCAGCGGGCGAACGAGAAGGCGGCGAUGCACGUCACCCUCAACAAUUUGGGCGAAAAGAAGGCUUACCUGGAGGAGCAGAUUCAGAGCUACAAUAGCUACAUUGAUGCCUCCAUGCAGACCAUGCAGAAGAAAGGUCGCAAGAAGUUCGUGCUUCCUUUCACACAGCAGUACUUUCAUCUGCGCAGCUUGAAAGCCUCCGGCAAGGUACCGAAGUUUGGCUCGUACAAGUACACUGCGCAGCGGUUGCACGAGAAGGGCGUGCUUUUGACCAUCGACGGCUUCAGCUCCAAGCAGUACGACCAGAUCUCUCUGACCAUCAGUAGUGACGAGGCAGGCUUGUUCACCAUCGAAGCCAGCGUCCUUGGCGUCGUCGGUGGAAGCUGCGACUUGCGUAUCGAGGAUCUGCUCGAAGCACAAUUCAACGGCUUACAGACUCUGACACUGAUGGACUCCAUGGCAAAGUGCAACACCAACCUGCUCAUCCAUCUGAUCAAUAAGAAAUUCUACGCCUAGACACGCACACCCAUAUCUACGACCCUAAUGAUCUCAGCGAGCGACAUCCGGAACGUCGCAUUUUACUGUUUAACCCAGUUUCGUCUUGUGGACUCUUGUAAUUUGCAGAUGCGUUGCUUCAAGAUUGCAACCGAAUCGAUUCUCUCGAAAUUUUACUUUUGGUUGGCC